GUCAAUUGUCUCUAUUCAAAGACUCAAAGGGGAAUGCGACAUCUGUUGAAUGGGGGUGUCAUUCACUGACUCUGCGGCAUUGUGUAUUGUUCGGGACUUGAGACAUGUCUGUCUGGGACAGGACAGGUUGAUAAUGAAGCGUUUGGGAUAGUCUCAUAUGGAGUGUAGAUAGGAAGAAUCUAUAAUAUAUAAAGCCUGAUAGAUCAAUGUCAAUUGAACCGUAGUAUCAUCAGGUCCAACCUUGAUCCAUACUACCUCUACCUCCUCUGCAACGACUAUCCCACAAUGUCUCCAACACAAGCAGACAACCUCCCAGCAGAGCCCAUCAAGCUCAACCCCAUCCGCGAAACCCUCUACGACGAAAACAACUACUGGACCUGGCUCUCCAAGAUCAAAUCAGCCCUCGAAACGCACAACCUACAAGACCUCACCAACCCAACCAUCCCACGCCCCAUCGACCCAUCCCCUCAAUACGAACACUGGAAACGCACCUCCCAACACGUCGGCCUCUGGCUACGCAUGAACCUCAGCCCAGCCGUGCUGAAAACCCUCAAAACAACCCUCUACGCAGACGACACCUUCUCCAUCAUCCAAACCCUCAUCCUGGGCGACAUGAGCGUCCGCCCGAAACAAGUCUGGAAGAAGGCCAUUUCUACCCGGCGCUGCCAGUUCGCUACGGUUGAGGAAUACGUCGAGACGUUUCGGUUGCUGGUUCAUGAGGCGAAUGUGCUCAAGGCGCCGAUUUCUGGAUACUGUGCGGCGAUGCUGUUGUUGGGGGAGGUGAGGGGGGAAAUGCCGCUUUGGGCGUGUCUGAUGGAGUUGAAAGUUACGGGGGAUGAGGAGCCGGUUGAGAUGACAGAGACGGAGUUUGGGGGGCUAUGUGAGGGGGUUCUUGGGCAGUUGAGGGUGAAGCGGAGGAUUGAGGCUGUUUGUAAUUGAUAUUGUCUAUAUACAUGGUCUGGAUAUGAUAAUAUAUAGAAGAUGGACUAGGAUGCAGGAACACGUGGGGUGAGAUAUAUGUCGAGCUGUUAACAAGUUAUGAAGAACUAUUUAUAUAGUAUGGCAGAUGAUAUGGACUGCAGAAUGUCACGGAUGCAGUUCCGGCAAUAUAUCACAUUUAGUUAAUAUGGCACUUCAUAUAUUCAUAUUGGAGAUAAACAGUGGGUCCAUGGCAUGACAGACGAACCAUUUAAUAUAC